GACGCGAUUUAUUGUGGCUUGAGAUUUCUUGAGAUUUCUUGUUACUUAAUGAUGGCCGUCCUCGAGAACGUUCGUGGGGUCAAAGUUACAGUAUGCACCGAUGACCAAGUUCUCCAAGAGUAUGACGACGACGAGCCUGAGGAUGUCCCAGCUGUAGAGGUUGGAGGAUAUGAUAGAGCUUCCAAAACGGUUUCCAAAUAUAUUGAAGCGACCACCGGCAAAGCGUUUUAUAUCAAACUCGAGAUAACCAAAGCAUACAAACUUGACUCUCCGAUUGUUUCCUUUCAUGUUUUUGUUGAUGGGAUUAAAGUUGUUUCGAAACACGGCGGCAAGAAAGACAUUCCUCUGACUAUGGAAGUAAAAGGUGUCAAAAAUGAGCUGGAUAACAGGCAAGCUUUCAUGAUGCCAUUCAAGUUCGGCGAAAUAAUCACAAGCACCGAUGAUUCGAAAUUGGCAUCUUCAAAAGAAGAUGCAACCCGGCUGAGUGCUGUUGGAGAGAUCAUGGUAAAAGUUUAUCGUAAAAGUCAAGAGCGUCCAUCGGCUAGCAGAAAUCGCCUUAGGAUGAAUCUUGCAGUUGAUAAAUCAAUGCUGGUUCACGAAAAGGCGCUCAAGGGCCGAGCUAUGUCGCACGGUACUGUACUAGGAGCUCCUCAACCUAUAAUUGCAAGUCGUCACUUCCGAACGAGCUUCCUAGACGGGAAAGACUAUCCAAUCGCUAUAUUUCAAUUCAAAUACAGGUCUAAAGAAUCACUCAAGUCUCUCUUGAUACUCGAGAGAACCCCAGAACCAUCCCCCUCUCCACCUCCUGCUCCAGUUUCAAAUGGUGCUUCAGGACCGUUUGACUUUGAGAGCCUUGAUGCAACCCAGAAAGCUAAGCUUCAGGAGUUUCUAGGAAACUUAAUGGGAAAUGGAGCUCAAUCCAAAGGAGAGAGAAAGAUCAAGCGGGAAAGAGAGGAAACUGAUUCUAAGACCAACAAGCGAUCAAAAAGAGGCAAGCGUGUGGAGAUUGAUUUGACAGGAGACAAUUCGGACUGAAUUAUGAGCGAAUAUUCAGAAGAGGUCUCAGGGUUUUAAAAGAUAAACGGCGGCGUUUUCAACGAUUGUUUUCGGGCUUCUAUGGGUCAGCUGGGGUGUGUUAAGACUUUUUCCA